AUGCAAUCUACGGGGAAUACGCUCCUCGGACGCAGCUGCAGGUUACUGCGACUGCGACUGCAGUUGCAUAAUCAUCAUCGUCCACAACAGCAGCAGCAGCAACAGUCGAUUCGUCUGAUUCACCGGACAAUACCUUCAUGGAACAGACAUGGCGGAGCCAAGUCAAGCGAGAGCUACGCGCGCACCCCUGAACGACGAGGUGCUCGCUACUCAUCGGUAACGAGCUGGCAGGCCAAGUGCUUGCCAUCACUGCGCGGUGCUCCAGGACGACGCAACAGCCGCUGGGCCUCUGUGCUGAACUCCGCUCUACUAUUUGUGUCUGGUGCACUGGUCGUAACUCUGCCCAGCUGGUGUAGCACCGAGUGGUGGCGGUUGCCACUCGGCUCUUUCUGGAAACGCUUUCAAGCACAGGCGGCAGCGCUUGGUGACGCGCUGAGCGCUGAGGCGUCCGCGGCACAACCUGAAGCGAGCGCUGGACUUCCGAGUAUACGCGAUAAGCCGCUGACGCGCUUCGCAAUCGCAGACGCGGCAGCUCGUGUUGCCCCGGCAGUUGUCAACAUCACCGUCACGGUAUCGACGGGUGAUCGCUGGCUCUUUGGACCUUUUGCGCCUCCGACAACGCUCGCCCAGUCCACUGGUUCGGGAUUCAUCUUCGACAGUAACGAGGGACUGGUGCUCACCAAUGCACAUGUUGUUGCGGAAAUGCGCAACGCACCCCAGACGAGUGCGUUGACGGUUACGCUGCAGGAUGGACGCUCUUUCUCGGGUGCCGUCGAGAGCGUCGAUGCACUCACGGAUCUCGCCAUCGUUCGAAUUCUGGACCCGGGAACAGACUUGCCGGCAGCCGAAUUGGGUGAGUCGAGCGCGUUACGAACUGGCGAAUGGGUGAUUGCUGUUGGGAGUCCAUUGAUGCUUGCGAACACAGUGACCUGCGGGAUUGUGAGUGCGACCAACAGAGAGGGUUUCGAGAUUGGCUUUCCAGUGGGAGCGCCGCGGUUGGCCUUUAUUCAGACGGAUGCGGCGAUCAAUAUCGGCAACAGUGGUGGCCCUCUGGUGAAUCUCGACGGUCACGUGAUUGGGAUUAACACGCUGAAAGCGCUCAGUUCGGAUGGGAUCUCGUUUGCACUGCCCAUUGAUCUCGCCAAGGAGGUAAUCCGGCAGCUACGCCAGCACGGUCGAGUGGUGCGUCCGUUUCUAGGCCUCAAACUACUCACGCUGACACCGGCGCUUGCCGAGGAAUUACGACGACGUUCGAGCAGCGGCUUUCCGCCCGAUGUGAACGAGGGCGUAUGUGUGCCGCAGGUUCUCCCGGGUGGACCGGCGGAGCGCGGUGGACUUCGCGCUGGUGACGUGAUCGUUGCCAUCGAUGGACAACCUGUUCGUAGCACCCGCGAGAUCUUGGAUCUGCUGGGGAAUCGGGUAGGACAUGCGAUCGAGUUUACAGUGAUUCGCGGACGUAGAGGCCAGCGAAUCACGCUGCAGAUUACGCCAGAGCAAGCCAAAGGCUGA